AUGUCCACGCCGCGCCCGCAUGUCCGCCAGACGCUGCAUUUGUCCAUUGAUCCAUCCCCAUAUGAACCGCCGCCAAUGUCUUUGUCACCUCCGAGUUCCAACUCCCCACCCUCGUCCCUCAUGUCCUCCACCACCGCCAGCAGCGCGACCGCGGACUCGUCGACCGUGCCCACCGCGACCUUCCCCAUCAUCUACUCCGUGCUCUGCCUCCACGACUUUGACUCGGACGAUCCCGACCAUCUGCCGUUCAGCAAAAACGAAAUCCUCGAGAUUGUGAAGCAGGAGGAGUCGGGCUGGUGGGCGGCGAUGCGGAAGGGGUUCACCCGCGUGGGCUGGAUCCCCAGGGCGUAUGUGCAGCCCCUUUCGGAGGAGAUGGCAGACAAGCUAUGGAAUGUGCGCGAAGAGCUGCGAGCGUAUGAGUACGGCGCGGAGCAGCUCUACAAUACCGCCCCCAUCGCUACUUCGGUCCAAAUCUACGACCCCCCGAGAAGACAGCCCUCUCGAAAACAGUCCACCGAUGUCGCGAGUGACUUAUGGCGCAUAGCGAACAAGCGGGCUCGUGAGGACCAGGAGCGCAUACUCAGCGAAGACCGCGCCCUCCCCGCUUCCCCCUCGAUGCUGGCAGCCAUCAACAAACCCACGCCGCCCACCCCGCGAGAAGAACGCCAUCGGAGCAACUCCUCGCCCUCCCACCGCAGCGGGAGCAGUCGCGACAAACGAGACGCCAAUAACGUCACGAGCCCAAAAGUCAGCGUGGACAAGAUCAAGCAGCUCACAGGCAGCGAGGACGCAGUCGACUGGGUCAUCGCGCGCCACAAUAGCUCGAUGCCGUGGUACCUCCGCCCCCAAUACGCCGAUCAACUCAGGCUAGACAAGGACGGCAACAUCAGAAUGGCCACCUUGCCCGCAUUGGUAGAGAGGCUGUCAACACCCCAGAACACCACCUCUGAAGAGUCGUUCCGUGAUGCAUUUCUCAUGACAUUCCGCACCUUCACUACCGCCGACACCCUCUUCGAGAUGCUCGUUGACAGGUUCCGCAUGAAUCCUCCAGACGAUCUCACUGCGGACUCGCAGUUUAGUGAAUGGAAGGAAAAGAAGCUCCAACCAACGCGGAAUCGGGUGCUCACUGUCUUUACCGUCUGGCUAGAAGACCAUCGCUUACUCGAGGAGGAGCCUCACAUCGCGCAACGCUUGACCGAUUUCCUACGGUUGAUUACACCACCGUCACCACUAGCGGGAGUCGCGAAUCUGAUUAUCGAGAAAAUACAAUCCUUGGUCAGUCGCCACCACAUUUUAGCAACGAUUUUUACCCUGACUCCACUUCCGAUGCAGACAUUUUCCCCGCCACAGAUAUUCCCAUCGGGGACGCCCAAACGGAAGGACAAAAACUGGGCAGAGGUCGGGCUCGCGAAGCAAGACCCUGCGAACAUCGCUGAGCAGCUAUGCCUGCUGGAGUUCAAAUUAUACUCGAAAAUCUCGCCACAAGAGUGUCUUAGAUCCGCGAAGACGAAGGCGCACGGCGACAUCGCCAACCUAACCGCUUUCUGCGCGACGUAUGACCGGCUAUCUGCGUGGGUGAAGAUGAGCAUCCUGACAAGUGAUAUCCUGAGCAAACGCGCGAGCACGGUGGACUUCUGGAUCAAGGUGGCUGAAAAAUGCAAGCAGUUGAACAAUCAUGCUUCGAUGAGUGCGUUGAUCAAUGGGCUGAUGAGCACAGUGAUACAACGGCUGCAUCUUACGUGGGCGCACUCACAUCGUAAACAAACCCUCGAAGCUUUGGUUCGAUAUAAUGAGCCGACAGGCGGAUUCCAUGCUUACCGAACCCUACUGCAAGCAACCGAAGGCCCCUGCGUUCCUUUCAUUGGCAUGUACCUCACCGACAUCUCGCACAUCCACGACCAGUACUCCGACGAAACCAUCACCACACCCAUUAGCACCCACUCCGCGUCCUCGUCGUCCUCCCUAAUCAGCUCCUCCUUCACCAACCCCGCCCCCUCGAACGGCAGCUCGAAGGAACCGUUCAUAUGCUUCCAGAAACGCCAGCGGUGGUACGAACUCAUCUCCUUCAUGCUCAAGUUCCAGAAACGCCCGUACAAUAUCGCGGAGAGCGAGACGACGCAGAUAUUCAUCUCGAAUCACUUGACGCACACGACCUCGAAAGACACGGCGUGGUUCUGGAACAAGAGCCAGGAAGUGCAGCAUCUGGAGAUGGAGAACGCGGAUAUACGCCGCGGGCUGGAAGAAGCUGGCUUCCUGAACUCGUAA